AUGGGUACAGCAUUCGAUUCAGUCCCUAUCAAUAAUACAACACAAAUGGCAACUCAUGAAGCUAGAGGAUUUUUUGGAUCAUCAUCUAAUGUGGGUUCAUCUGGUAUGACUGAAUCCCCAUCAUCACAACGAACAAUUUGUACCGGAAAUAAUCAUUUUGGUAAUUCUACAUCAAGUGCAUAUACCAAAUCACCGAAUCAAUAUACAUGGUGUUAUGAAAGUUCUGCAUCUAUUUCAACAAAUAGUGGAACUAGCUUUGAUGAAUGUUUACCUCAUCUUGAAACUGAUGAUAAACCAUUAAUAUAUCGUGAACAAUUUGAACCAACUGAACAUUUUAAUUGGUAUGGUACUAGUGAUAUUCAUGGACCUGUUAUUAUUUCAUAUAAAUAUUCAAAUGAUCAUGAUAAACAACGAUACGUUAUGGCCAUUGUUCGAACUCGACAUCGAACAUCGAUUGAGUCAUUAUUGGAUAUACCGUCAUCACUUUCUUCUAUAGACAUUUUACGGCGAAUAUGUGAUCAAUGUGCCAUCACUGAUAUUGAAUAUUUCGAUCCGAUACUUUGUAAUGGGGCUCAUGAUUUGCUGAUAAAAUAUGAUGAAUCAUAUGUAUCUAAUACACAUAAGUUUGGUAUUAUAUAUCAACGUGAAAAUCAACUUGCUGAAGAAGAUAUAUUCAGUAAUGAAGUGCAUAGUAUUGUUAUGGAUAAAUUUCUUGAUUUUAUUGGUAAUCGAGUUAAACUAAAAGAUUUUCAAGGAUUUCGUGGUGGUCUAGAUGUUAAAUCUGAUCAUACAGGAACUGAAUCCAUUUAUGAACAAUUUAAUAAUCAUGAAAUAAUGUUUCAUGUUAGUACAUUAUUACCAUAUUCAAAAAUAGAACGACAACAACUUGAACGUAAACGUCAUAUUGGCAAUGACAUUGUUGCUAUAGUCUUUCAAGAAAAUGAAACAAUAUUUAAUCCAGAAUGUAUUGCUUCGCAAUUUUUACAUGUUUAUCUUGUUGUAACACCAUUAGAUAAUGAUGGUGCACGUUUUAAAGUAUCUGUUAUUCAUCGUGAUAGUGUACCAUUAUUUGGACCAUUUAUCAAUCAUUCAAAUUCAUUUCAUUGUGAUCAUAUAUUUAAACAAUGGUUAUUAACAAAAUUAAUUAAUGCUGAAAUGGCUUCAUGUAAAGCAAAUACUUUUCAAAAAUAUCAAGAACGUACAAAAAUGAAUUUAUUUGAAAAUUUAUAUCGUACAGUACAUGAUAAUAAUCGUCCAUUUAUGAGCUUCAUUUUUAAUCAUAGUCAAUAUAAGCAUGAAUGUGAUAUUGAACAACAAAAAGAAGAUGCACAAAUAUAUUCUUCAACAAAAACAUAUGAUCGACAUGCAGAUAAUUCAUUACUUGGUUCAGUAAGACGUCGCUUUAUUGCACCAAAAUUACGUACACAACAUUCACUUACACCACCACCAACAACAAUUAUUGUUUCAACACCAUCAUCAAAUAAUAUAAAUGAUUCAAAAUCAAAAACGAGUUCAGUCACAACGGAAUUAAAACAAAGUGCAUCGAAAGAAUCAAUAACAAAUAAUAGUAAUAAUGGGAAAAUGUCUUCAAUCUUCUUUUUACCAAAGAAUCAGAUUCCUCAAAUGGAAAAAUUAAAUACUACUCGUGCAUUCUUAGAAGCUGAAAACGCUGAUUUAUCAUUAAGUUCUCGUUCAAAUUCAAAAUUUUUAUCGCCAGCAACAUGUCCAUCUACACCAUCUAAUCAUUUUGAUAACAAAAUAGACUCAUAUUCACUUGCACCAUCAUUCAGUUUUAAUAAACCAUCAAUAGAUGACAUAGAUCAUAAUCAAUUAUCACUUGAUGAUCUACAAUCUUCAUCAAAAGAUGAUUUAAUUAAAUUUAUUGGUGUAUUACAACAACAACAUUCAACAAAAUUAGUUCAAAUGGAUGAAAACUAUUCAAAAGCUUUGAAACAACUUGAAAUACAAUUAGUACAACAACGAAAUGUUGUUAAUGGAGAGAGUUCAUAA